AUGCUGAGAAUGCCGGAGACAGAGAUGAGUUGGAGGUGCAAAAUGUCGAUGACGGGGAUUAGCUGUUGCGAGCCUAGCAUUAUAGGUGUCUGGUGUAAGAAUGAUAUGAAAAUGACAUUACAUGCUAGUAAGUUGUACUGUUUUUGCAAAUUAAAGAGUGUCAUCAACACGGCACAAAAGCUCGAUGAAAUGAUGCUCAGAAUAACAACGGCAGCUCUGUUUCACCCCACCACCAAGCUGUACUAUUUACCCCUCAAGGCUUUCGUCUCACACUCGCUUCACAAACCCCAGCGGUUAAUAAAUCGACAAAGCUACCCUCAAGCUGAUAGAACAAUCUUAUCCAUCAACACACCUCGUUCUCUAUCAUCUACAACAGUUCCCCAAAUUUCUAACGACACGACUUCUGAUUUGGACAGCAGUUACUUAUCUUGCUCAAUGACCAAUAGCAAGCACCCUCUCAAAAUUACGGUUCUUCUCGGUGGUGGCGUUGAUAGCAGUGUCACACUUCGCCUCCUCCACGCAGAAGAUUUCCAGAACUUUUGGUCUGAAUGUCCAUGGGAAGAGGAUUUGAAGUACGCAAAAGCUGUUUGCGAUCAGGUUUCUUACAUUAUUGAUGAGUAUAAAUGUGGGUGUACACCUAACCAUGAUGUUCUUUGCAAUACAAGAAUCAAAUUUGGUGCGUUCAUGGAUGCCAUCAGUAACAUGGAUUUUGAGUUUGUUGCUUCUGGACAUAAUGCAAAUGUUAUUCACCCCCUUAUAGAUGAAACCAAUGAGCUUUCAUUUCUUCAGCUGUCAACGGAUAUGGUUCGGCAUGGCCUGCUUUUCUAUGAUUGCAGUUUGCAUAUAGAAGAAAAAGAUGGUUUUGGCACUGUCCAAUUACCUGAAGAUGAUCAGGGUCUCGCAGCCGGCCAAUUUGCAGCUUUUUAUCAAUUUGCAGCUUUGUGUGGGGUCAGGGGUAAUUUUGGAAUCAUGGGAUGA